AAAUAAUGUAUGCUAUUUAAUAUUUCAAUUUUAAGUGUAUGAAGAUGGUUUUCAGAAGAAGUUAAUAAAACUGAAAGGAACUAUAACUGUCAAAUUUGAAGAGUCUGAUGUUAACGUGCCAAUUGCAAUAUGGCUAAGUAAAAGACAUCCGCAUAGACCACCAAUAGCUUAUGUUGUACCGUCUUCUCGUAUGUACGUAAUGUCUGGGAACUUCGUUGACAUGAACGGCAAGGUUCAAAUACCAUAUCUCUCAGAAUGGAACUUUCCGCAUUCAGAUCUGCUUAGUCUUUUACAAAUCAUGACAACAGUAUUUUCUGAUGAAUUACCAGUACGAGGAAGAUUUACAGAUUUACUGUCCUCAGGAUGCAAUGUCUCGGAAAAGAGCUCUUCAAGUUGCAGUGGAUAUUCUGGGGAGGUUGGGGGAAGAUCCGAACAUUUAGAUGGGGUCAAUACUCCGCAGAAUGAGUUAAACGACUCUUUUGAAUAUUCCGGUGAGGUACAUGGUAGAAAAAACUUCACAUGGUAUAUAUGUAAUAUUUAUUUAA